CCCCCUCUUCCGCUUUACCACACCCAUGCACCCUACUUACCAUUCCUCUGCGCCGCUCCAAAUGGGUCAGCUCACAACAGAAAAAUCUUCGUCGCUGCGACUCCCCAAUGAACUGGUCCUCGAUAUACUCCUACACGUCGCUGGACGCCAUCCUACAACCCUGCCAAAGCUCUAUUCUGUCUGUCGAGAUUGGCUUCGCAUCAUCAGGACAUACGAGGAUCUUCUCUGGCGACAUGCUACUGUUGCUGCAUUUCCUGGCUCUUUCUUCUCUCAUUCGUUGGAUGAACCAUGGUAUGACAGCAGCAUUGUGUGCAAGCAACAACAAGACUGGAAGCACACCUUCAGCAUCCAUUCUGGAUGGUUGAACAAGCAAGCGCAGGCUCUAGUUAUCGAGCCUUAUCGGGACACUAAAACUUUGACGCAGAACACAGACAUUCCAUCGUCACUUUCUUCUGAACAGAAUCACGUUCAAGAAACCCUACACCACGAGUCCCAUAAUCAUCAGCACCAGCAUCAUCUCCACGAUCACGCCCUGCAGCCGCCUGUACUCGCUCGAGACGGCAGCUCCGUCCUAAUUCUUGACUCGGCCAUGGUGACAUCUGCCAUAUCCAAUACAAGCACGGACGCAAGUUCAUCGCUGCCUUUUUUAAUCUACCCUGUCGCUCAUCACCGCCUCAAGUCUAAGUUGAAGGAUACGAUGAGCUGUAGUCUCUGCACCUACGCCGAGAUCUGUAUGAUCCCUCAAGCCCGCGUGUGCGUGAGAACGCAACGCGACCGAUCUCGUCCGUUGAUCCAGGUCUUGGACUGGUCCAUGCAGGAGUCAGUCGACAUCGAUGAUUCCGUUAAUAGUCAUCAGGAUCUGGUCUCGGGGAUGGCGGUGAAUCAACAAGGGACACUGCUGGUUACCUGUUCGAUUGAUGAAGCUAUUAGGGUGUGGGAUGUUCAUCAAGGGUGGUGCUGUGCUGUGAAUGGGGGUCAGAUGGAGGAGUCCUUUAAGGACCUGGUGGCAAAAUAUGGAUGUCCGAUCCAGAGUCGGCGCGCAUUGUUAGGGCAUAUCGGAUGGGUCAACGCGGUCGCUAUCGAGAACACCACCGUGGUGAGUGGUGGGUCUGACCACACCGUCCGCGUAUGGGAUGCCAUCUCUGGAACGCUCCUCCGUCUGAUCCCGAACCUCUUUCUCUCCCGCGAGAUUGGCCUUGGCGUCUAUGCGGUCGCGAUCCACGGAUCGCUCAUCGGCUCUGGAUCCGUGAUCGAGGGCUAUCAGAUCCAUGACUUUACUACUGGAAAGCUUCUCAUGGAUCUGGACGAGCCUCUUCCGGCCAAAGAUCACGUUCAAUUCGAGUCUGUGUUAUAUCAGCAGUAUGCAUCUCGAAUGGCGAUUACGGAUGCGGUCGUGGUUACGAACUCGAAGCUGGAGGGGAUGUUGUGCGUGUGGAGCCGACAGACAGGACGGUUUCUGUACAGGAUCCGUGUUUGUCCUCGAAGCAGGGUUCCUGCGGUGUCGACAGGAUCGAUGGAUGGUGUUCAGCUAAGAGACAUGGUAACCCAUAAUGCAAGCGAGCCAAGUGGAAGGGCGGGUAUGGUCGUGACCGGAGUUGGAGCUGGAGACGAUGAUCGGGGCGAGAACACAGUGCAUACAUUUAAGGUGAACAGUUCUGGGUCUGUGCUGAUGUGCACAUUGUGCGACGGGCGCGUUUCGAUGUUUGAAUUUGGGAUGAUGCAAUCGCAGGACCAUGGGUGCUCGUGGGAUGUAGAAUCCUCGGUGCAGUCUGUAGACUCGGUCGAUGCGGAGAUAUUGGAUGAAGAGCAUCAGGAACACCGAUGUUCUGCGCUGGCGUGGAUUUGGACGCGAGAUACACAGGGCCACAAUCGCCUCGUAUCGGUGUAGAAUUUUUUUUUAUUUUUUUAUUUAUUUUUUAUUAACAUAAAUCCCCAUGAGCACGCGACGCAUGGUCCGCAAUCCUCGUAUCGGUGUAGAAGGGACAGG